CAAAGACGUAAUUAUUAUGCGCUGAGCUUAUUAACAGAUUCAAUUAAUUAUUUUAUUGUGUGUGAUUAAUAAAACAAGUUUUCUUAAAUAAGUAUCUCAAACGAAACUGGCGAAAAGAGAUUGUUGGAUUUGAACGUCAGAAUGAUCAACAACGACGAUUAUAAGAACAAGAUGUCUAUGGGCGCUGGAUUUUAUUCUUCGCGGCGUAGCCCUCCUCCAGAUAGCAACAUCCUCUGCGAAAAUUUGGUUGCUAAGUUGACGGAUAGAAGUGACGAACCGUCGCAAUCUCAACCGAGGCAAGUCAUUCCGGCACGCCCGGAAAUAGACACUUCUUCAUCCGAUCAACUAUCGGAUUCUGAUAAUUUGGAGAUCGCUGAUGAGGAGAGUGACUGGUCCUCAGGGCCUCCUUCUCCGAUGCCAGUGAAGGUACCUCGCGCGUUCGAAAAAAGCGAUGACCUGUACGAAAAGCAACCGGACGCUGAAAAAGAUAAGGAGGCUGAAGAUUGGUCGUGGGAAGCCGAAAACGUCCAACCGGAAGGCCUACCUAUACCGAAAACGGAAAAUACAUACCAACCUUAAGCUUGCCGUUGGAGCCCGGAUCCUCUUCUUCUUUGAUCAUCCGAAUCUUGACAUCUAAUAUAUAUAUUUGAUAAAUGUAUAUUUGAAUUAAAUUUCAAAUAUACAUUUUUAUGUGUGUAGUAGGAUAUUAAUCAUAAAUGUUUAUCUAUGUUUUUGAAUAUCUUAAUGUACUAGUGGCUUC